AAUCAGAUUAGAGUAGGGCGGUGCUUAGGUCCAGGAAAGGAAGAUCAUUUUUUUCGUUCGUUAUACUAGUUUGUAUCGAAGACCAUUUUUUGUUGUAUUACGUGCACAAUUAAAGAAUACAAAGAAGAUUAAGUCAGAAUGUCAUCCGGAGCGCUUUUUCCCAGUAUGGUCUCCGGGUCCAGGGGCUCAUCCAGUAAAUACCUGGUGGAGUUUCGGGCCGGCAAGAUGACUCUGAAGGGCAGCACGGUCACUCCUGACAAGCGAAAGGGGCUCGUGUACAUCCAGCAGACCGACGACUCGCUGAUCCACUUCUGCUGGAAGGACAGGACCACGGGCAACGUCGACGAUGAUCUCAUAAUUUUUCCUGACGACUGUGAAUUUAAACGAGUCAAUCAGUGCACCACUGGACGAGUGUAUGUGUUGAAAUUCAAGGCUGGAUCAAAGCGUCUUUUCUUUUGGAUGCAGGAGCCCAAAACAGAUAAAGAUGAUGAGUACUGCCGCAAAGUGAAUGAAUAUUUGAACAACCCUCCGAUGCCUGGUGCUUUAGGAAGUGGAGGAAGUGGUGGUCAUGAACUGUCUGCAUUGGGAGGUGAAGGUGGUCUACAAAGCCUUCUAGGUAAUAUGAGCCAUAACCAGUUAAUGCAACUGAUUGGCCCGACUGGAUUGGGAGGGCUAGGUGGGCUUGGUGCCCUGGCUGGACCGGGAUUGGCAAGUCUUCUUAGCAGUGGAGGACCACCUACAAGCAAUUCCUCCUCAAGUUCCCGUAGCCAAUCAGCUGCUGUCACACCCUCCUCUACAUCAUCGUCAAAUCGGAUCAGUUGUGCUCCUGCUCCAACCCCAGCAGCUCCAACAACAACAACAACCAGUGCAGCUUCUCCUGUGACCCCAACUACCCCUGUAGCUAGCGUUGCCAGCACAACCCCUGCCACUACUACUGCUGGCAGUCCAACACAGCCUAUUCAGCUUAGUGAUCUGCAAAACAUCUUGGCCACUAUGAAUGUCCCGGCCAUGGCAGCUGGAGGACAAGGAGUGGACUUGGCUAGUGUUCUGACUCCAGAGAUUAUGGCACCUAUUUUGGCUAAUACAGAUGUGCAACAGCGGUUAUUGCCAUAUCUUCCUUCAGGGGACUCUCUACCUCAGACUGCAGAUGAGAUCCAGAACACAUUAACAUCACCCCAGUUUCAGCAGGCCAUGAGUAUGUUUAGUGCUGCAUUAGCUUCCGGACAGCUAGGCCCCCUCAUGAGUCAGUUUGGGUUACCAUCUGAGGCGGUAGAGGCAGCAAAUAAAGGUGAUGUUGAAGCUUUUGCAAAAGCAAUGGAAGGUAAUGGAAGUACAGAUAAAAAAGAAGGGGAUUCCAAAGACAAGAAAGACGAAGAAGAAGACAUGAGUCUGGAUUAGAUAUAGGUGGUCAUAGUAGUCCUCUAAUAAGUAGCUGUUGCUAAAUAUGAAUUAUUAAAGCAACUUUUAAAGUAUUUCAUUUAUUGUACCGUUUAUGCAUUUAUCAAAAUAAAGCAUGUACCAAAAUAGCAUAA